AGGUAGUGAUGAGGCUCCUGCAAUGGAAUUCGGGUCCAUGCAAUAUUUUGCUUACUGCGGGCUAGGGGGCAUCAUCAGCUGCGGGCUUACACACACGGCUAUUGUCCCCCUGGAUCUGGUAAAAUGUCGCAUACAAGUCAACCCAGACAAGUACAAGGGAAUCAUCACUGGAUUCAAAGUGUCUCUGGCGGAAGGUGGAUCGCGAGAGCUGGUGCGAGGGUGGGCGCCGACAGCAAUAGGCUACUCUAUGCAAGGACUCUGCAAAUUUGGCUUGUAUGAAGUGUUCAAGUGCCUCUACUCAGACCUAUUAGGAGAGGAGAAGACGUUCCAAUGGAGAACAUCCCUUUAUUUGGCUGCCAGUGCAUCUGCAGAGUUCUUUGCUGAUAUUGCACUCUGCCCCAUGGAGGCAAUCAAGGUGCGUGUGCAGACCAACCCAUCCUGGGGUAGGACACUUAGGGAGGGAUUCCCCAAGCUCUUGAAGGAAGAGGGAGUUAACGGUUUCUACAAAGGACUUGUCCCACUUUGGAGCAGACAGAUCCCAUACACAAUGAUGAAGUUUGCAUGCUUUGAAAGGACAGUAGAAGCACUUUAUAGAUAUGUUGUACCAAAACCAAGGGCCGAUUGUAACAAGGCAGAGCAAUUGGUGGUGACGUUUAUUGCUGGUUACAUUGCUGGUGUAUUUUGUGCCAUAGUUUCGCACCCAGCAGACACAAUAGUCUCAAAGCUCAACCAGGAAAAGGGUAGCACAUUUGUCGAAGUUGGAAAGAAGCUGGGAUUUCUUGGUAUGUGGAAGGGUCUUUUCCCUCGUAUUAUAAUGAUUGGAACAUUGACUGCCCUACAAUGGUUCAUCUAUGACGGGGUCAAGGUAUACUUCAGAAUGCCCCGCCCACCCCCACCAGCAAUGCCCGAGAGUCUCAAGGCUAAAUUGGCUGCAAAGGAACAAUAACUGUGUGAACAUUAGGAAAUUUAGAAAUAAAAGUAGGUCAUAAAUAAAUGUUGAGAUGUUAUCUGGAACUGUGUUAUGAAGGUUUGCCACGACCAGUCAAGUGAUGUUUCAAAAACUAGACUAUCGCACACUUGUACAACUUUACGCAAUUUCUAAUUUUGGAGACAGUGUUGGUGCUUUGGUGGACAGUCGAGGUAGUUAACAAAUGUAUU